UAAGAGCGCACCGACGGAUAUGUAAAGUGAUGCACUUCUGAAAACGUCAAAUCUGAGCCUGCAAAUGCCUUUCUGAAAAGGCGAAUAGAUGCGCAGCACAGUGAGCCAGUUAGAUUAAGUCAAAUCAAUUAAUCGGAGAUUGUUUAUUGUGCGCGGGUUUUCUUUGGAUGGUGCUAUGUUAAUAAAGAUGUUCAUCGGUGCGGAUGACGGUGCGUUGCUAUUUGGAUGUGUGUUUCUGGACUUUUCAGCGUACCAUGACCGCGCGCCCUUUUUCCUCUCUCCAAGUCUUUUCGUUUCUGCGUGAAGUUGAACGGAGGCACGAUGAGAGGGAAAUACUUUCUCCUCGGCUUCUUGUUGCUCAAACUUAUGGCUCUCGUGUGCAAGGCUGACGGGGAGCCGGGACUGCUCGGAGGAUUCGUAAUGAUCGCCACCUCCAACGGCUCCAGGGAGGAGGAGAGCGUGUCCGAGGAGACCCCGCACACGGAGGACAGAUGUCGGGGUUACUACGACGUGAUGGGCCAGUGGGACCCGCCGUUCAUCUGCAAAACGGGCAAUUAUCUGUACUGCUGCGGCACCUGUGGCUUCCGCUUCUGCUGCUCCUACAAGCACUCCCGGCUGGACCAGAGCACCUGUAAAAAUUAUGACACUCCGGUGUGGAUGAAGACCGGACAGACUCCCUACAAAAAAAUUAACAAGCUGCACGACAGCACCAAAGACAAGACGAACUUAAUUGUUUACAUCAUAUGUGGAGUAGUGGCCAUUAUGGCUCUUGUGGGGAUUUUCACCAAAUUGGGUCUGGAAAAGGCGCACCGGCCUCAGAGAGAGAACAUGUCCAGGGCCGUCGCCAGUGUGCUGCAGGGCGGGUGUCCAGGGGAGCAGUAUCGUGGGGAGGAGGCCCUAGGGAUGCAUUCACAGCACUAUGUUUCCAGGGCCACGAACCUCCAGGGUGGUCAGAUCAACAACAAUGUGGGAGCGGGCUCAAACAUGGGUCAGCAGCACCCUUACCCCGCCCUCAACCAGCUGGCUCAUGUCUACGAGCAGCAGCAGCAGCAGCAGCAGCAGCAGCAGCAGCAGCAGCAGCAGAACAAGGAUCUCAACAAGUACGCCUCCCUGAAGGCUGUGGCUGCCAAGUACAAUGGUGAAGUCUACAACAAGCGUCGGCUAAUGGUGGAGCUGCCAUCGAAGGGCGGGCUUCCUCUCCAACCCAUGGGCAACUCCAGACCCUCCAUGGGCAAUUCCAGACCCUCCAUGGGCAACAUGUUGUCGAUGACUCCUCCGAUGACCAACAACCCCAUGGCUUCUCACCAAAUGGCCUCCAAUUCCAUGAACCCAACCAUGAACCAGAUGACCUCCAUGACCCCAAUGACGUCUAUGAUGCCCAUGACCUCUAUGACUCCCAUGACCUCCCUCAGCCAAAUGACCUCCAUGACUCCUAUGACCUCCAUGACUCCUAUGACCUCCAUGAAUCCUAUGACCUCCAUGAAUCCUAUGACCUCCAUGACCCCUAUGAACACCAUGACCUCCCUGGGUCCACUGACUCCUGAGCCAGUGGCCACCUAUGUCACUGAGAUGCCUACUAUCUCUUCCAUCUCAACCCUCCCAACAGAACGGCACAUAGCAGGUGUCGGAGGAGGGGGACUCAAGCCGAAUGGCCAGAAACACAAAGGCAUCCAUGGUCACAUGGGCCACAGCUCUCACAGCUCUCACAGCUCUCACACUCACAGUCAUGGUCACAGCCACAGUAGCAGGCCGCCAGGACUUGGGGCUACCUCCCUGGCACACAUGGCAGGGACCAUGCCAGGUGGCAUGUCCCUGGGCAUGUCCAGGGCUGCAGAGACCGCCAUUGGCCCAGGCUCGGCUACAAUGGGCCGCCCAAUGGCGUACAGUUCCAACACAAUCGCGGCUGGGCAUACGAUGGGGCUGGGGCUGAAGGCCUGGGAUGGGACUGAGACUGUGGGACGGAGGAAGACCUAUGGGCACAAGAGGCCUCAGUGUACCGUGCUUGAGCCCAAUCAGCUUCGAAGCACCAGAGGCCAAAGCCACAGUCAACACUUCCUCCCCACACAGCCAUACUUUGUGACCAACAGCAAGACAGAAGUGACUGUGUGAGUGAGGAAGAAAGGGAAAAAAAGAGGGGGAAAAGAUGCAUGUGGAGUGGUGGCACAAGUAAUCACCGAGUGGAGACACCAACCCCCUGCGUUGGUCAAAGGUGCAGAUCUGUGUGUGUGUUUGUGUGGCUCGUUGGUAUACUGGUGAAUGUGGUGGGACAGUGAGUGGUCACCAAUCAAAUCACUGGACAGACCUUUGUUGCCAAAUGGAUGGCAUCCAAGUUGGUGGCAUCUGUAACCAUAACUUCGAAGAGCCUACAGAGCGGCGAUGUAUGUACUUUUGUGGGGAUAUUAGAGUGUUGUCUCAGAGCCAAUAUCUACUCGGUUAUAUCUACAGUGCAACUACACACAGAUGUUAAAGUGGACAACCGCUAAUAAAAUGGAUUGGCUUUACGAACCAAACCUGAGAAGCAAUAUAAGGGAUUAAGUGUAAAGCACUGAAGCAUCACGGGAAAGAAGAAAAACAGCAAGUUUACCCUCAAACCUCACAACUAGAGUUCUGCUCAUCUGCCCAACAAAGCGUCGAAUGGUUUAGAAGAAAAAACAUUCCCUUAUGAUUCACCCCACAAAUCUCCUGAGGGCUUUGAAACAGACAUGAUAAGGGUGCUGGGCUUUGGACUGCACACAUGCAGGGCUUUGUACUGUUGCUAUUCAGAAGCGCCUUCAUAAGAUCUACAGUUGAAGGUCGCCCUUUUCCACAAGGCUCCAGCACAGAGAAUGAAGGCUGUCACACUGGCAUUGUUCUGUUCUGUUCUCGGCUGUGUGGUGACAGCUGGUCCAGAGGAGGGAUAAGGAGGCAGGGAGGCAGCAUCUGGAUGGUGCUGCAGCUAGCAGAGGCUCCACGGAGCAUGAUUCUCGUACACACACAUAUUCAUGCACACACAUAUUUUUUCACAAACAUACAGAAACAUAUCCUGCAGAAAUACCAGGGUUUUCAAAGAGUGAUACCAAUCAUUUCAGAAUUAAGGAACAGAUGGCUGAUAUUUAGUUUAAUUUGUGCAUAUGUGUUAUCUUUAAAUUUGACAGUUUUCAUUUCAAACACUCAACGCUUCCCCAAAAUUAUAUUCUUAUCAGUGAAUUUGAACCAUCACAGUACUAUGAAACUCGAGAAGAAUUUAACUUUCAGAAAUGGCAGCUAAGUCGGAACGAACCACCUUAUCCAUUCAAUGACGGUGCAGUUUUGGAUCCAUUAAUACUUUUGAAUUAGAAAACUACAAGAGGGUUGCACAAAUACAGGAACAGUUUUGUGAAAUACAUGUAUUUUCUUUCUUGCUAAUAGUUAGAUAAGCAGAUUGAUAACAAUGCAUGCUGAAUAGGUUGUCAGGCAAAAUAAAUCUGAACAAUAAAUACAUAAAUAGUGUAAAAAGUUGUAAUUGUUGGAGUUGGAAGUGGCCAAAAUGACUAAAAGUAUGUUUUAUGUAUGUAAUAGUUUAAGCGAACACAGACCACACAUACAAUAUGGGUCAAUUGAGCAACUAUAUGCCAAACAUAUUUCAUUAGGUGGACCAAAAGUAAACUUUUAUCUCUGCACACAUUAUGCAUAGUAUGUUACACUUCACUAGUUAUAGACAAAAGCAAUAAUCAACUGUGAAAAGAAUAAAAACACAACAUUACUUGUAAUAGAAGACACUGCCACAAGAAACUAGGCUUGAUUAGAUCACUCACUGUACUCGAGCUCUAGCUGAAGAGAAAACUUCACAACCAGCUAAAAAGAAAAUCUGAGUUACAUGACUCAAAUAUUUUUAAAAAAACAACGUAAAAUCCUUAAGUCUGACAAAUAGGCCAACUCUUCUCAGGCCUUCUGUGAGCCUGUUUACUUGUUUUGUAAUGAUGUGGGAUUUAUUAGCAGCUGCAGCCACAGUUAUCAUUUUGACUUUGCCAUCUAAAGUGGUGUAUCCACCUCUAAGCUUCUUUUACUUGCGAUUAAGAUGCAUUUUAAAGAGAUCACAUUGUAAUCAGACAAGGUUUAGUCCAAUUAAAAUAGAAAAAGACAGCGUGAGGACAGAUUAUGGUUGGAUUGCUGAAAACAUGUCAGAGAAGUCUUUGCAGACAUGUUUUGGACAAAGCACAAACAAACAAAAAAAGGUGCAGAUUGGCAAUUUUAAAGCAUGUAAAUAUAAGAAAAGUGCACGACAAUCUGUUGAGAAAAUAAGAUUUCGGUGUGACACAUUUUAUUGGCAGCUCCAGCAGAGCUACACUCAGUUUGGGUACGCUGUGUAUCCAGACUGCAUGUAGAUGUGAGGUACAAAGGGGGGGGGGCUAAUAUUACAGCUUCUGAAUCAAAAGAUGAAUCAGCUAAGCCAGUUGAGCGUAAGAUAAGAGGGACUACAGGAGGGAAUGUUUUUCCCUCACACUGUGGAACCUCCUGCUGCCUCGAGGGUCACAUGACUUGAAAACCUGAGACCAAAUUGAAAGCACGGAACAGGAUUUAAGUCAUCAGAGCAUUAAAAUGUGUCACCCAUACAGUCACACCUUACACAUGCACACUCCCACACACAUUACAGGGUGGACUCUGCUUUUCCUUGUGCUCCCACAGUGCCGAGCGGCAGGCAUCAUCGCAGCGUGGAGACGAGAGUGUCAGUACUGUAACUACGCCUGUUGUACAUGAAAGACUGUGAAACUCCAGACCUUGGCCCUUUGUAGCGAUAACUGAUAUUAUGCUUUUUAUAUAUAUAUAUAUAUAUAAAUAUACAUAGCCUUUUCUCUCUUUAUCUUUCUUUUUUCUUCACUUCCUUUUACCCCCUUUCUUCUUCUUUGCUCAUGAUUGGUUUCCCCCCCCCCCCGUGUGCAUUGUUCCAGCAGGAAAUAUAAUUGAUUGAUUCUAUGUGCCAAAAAAAUGUAAUUCAGUUUGCAGCUUCGUACCAUUGUGUGUCCUCUUGAACACUGCGCACAUUUCACUCUUGAUAACUUUUUCUACAUGUGUGUGUGUGUGUGUGUGUGUGUGUGUGAAUCCAACUUUUCUAUAUGAUUACUGUCUCUGAAGAAGUCAAAACUCAAACAACAAGCCAAACAAAAGGAAUCGUAUAUAAAUGAAGUCGCAAUCCCGUAAACCUGUUUGUUUCCGAUGAGAAUCCUGUGCAAAUAUUGUUGUUUUUCCCUCCACCUCGUGUUUAUUUCCUCCUUUUCUUGACAGCUGGUGGUUUUGUUUGCAACAGAGUUGAGAAGCAGGUCAAUGUUUGCUCAGGAUGUGCAUUAUCGGACCCAAUUGACUUAAUCCAGCAAGGCGGAAAUGUAGAAAUAUGAACCCUCCGCCAUCACGUACUGCUCCAUCCCUAAAGCCCAUUCAGCUCUGCGAAGGCAGCCACUGGAACAAUUGGUAGGCAGGCAGGGACGAGUUGGUAAACAAAACAGAAAAAAAAAUCAUCCCUCGCGGUAAAAGUCAAAAUAAACCUGAUAGAAAGCGGGGGAUUGGUUGCGCUGACUAGGUCGCUGUUGAUGGGGUCAGGGCCACAGAUGAGUGGGUUCAGGAGGCAGUCAUGACUGACAUUUUUCAUCAGAAGAGUCAGCCAGACAAAAAAUGCAACAGCAGAGAAUAAAGGACACAGGGAGUCUUCAGGCUGCUCAGUGACAGAGUGUUCAUCCCUUGUUGUGGCAUUCUUGUUUUUCUACAUUUUGCCAACACAGUUUGGUGAUGAAACGUCGUCUUUGUACUUAUUAUCAGCUCCCCAUAAUGAAAAAAUACAUUAUUCCUUCUUCCUUCGGAGGAAGCUUGGAGGUAUGGUUCGCAGACAGUUUAAGACGGGAGUUGCUGGUACAAAUAAGUCUUUAUUAUCCCUUAACUGCUCAAGCCUUUCCAAUAACUCUUUAUUAAAAUCAUGUACAAUCCUGAGAACAAAAUGACUGAUUAGCGCUAGCAUAUUCCUGGCUAGCUAGCUAGCUAUGGCAGUUCACCAACUAGCCCCACAAAGAGUCUGAUAGUUGAUUUUUGCUUUCUGGUGUGACCAGGCGAUUCGUCAAACUAGUCAACAUUCCCUCGCCCGGCUCGCUGCUCUGUAGUAUCAAACAUCUUGCAGUAUAGUGUCAGUGUUCACCUUCACCUCUUCGUGUCUUACUACCUACUGUGACACUGCCAAACAAGUUCCAGAAUGUAGGUGAGGUCUUGAUUGUGCUGUGCGUGCUCCGCCUGCCAUACCUCAAAGGUGUUUUUUCUGUAUUAUUCUUUUUCUCCAUGCCUGAAUGGAAGUCAAAUGAAGAGUGGAGGUUCAAUUGGCCUAAUUAUAGGAAUCAGACCCAAGUAAGAGGUUGCAGCGGUUCACCGGCACAUUGAUCAGCAACAGAGGCUGCAGCAUGAAUCAGGCCAGUAGAGCAUGCAGCCUCCAAGCUAUGUGGGGUUAUCGCUUCUGCUGGAUGUGCUUUAGCCUUGGGACCUGGAGUUAAUAAUUAACAUUAUAUUGUGUUUUGUUUUUUUACGGGUGCAAUGCUUUGACUGAGUUUACACCCAUCUUUUCAAUUUGAAAUCAGACCAGAGAGUCACUUUAUUCAAUCCAAGUCUGGGGAGGACACUUUGUGAGAGCUACAUUCAGCCUGGGAUCAUUUGUCCCCCUUUUACUUUCAUACAAAGCAUCGCAGACCAGCUUCCUUGGUAACACAAGUUACCUACCUUAUUCUGGCAUGGUCCACACUGCUACACUGUGCUCCUUGUUACCGUCUGAUCCCCACUGUGGACAGUCAUAUGCGUCCUCCCAUACAUUUCUUUUCACCCAAUGGUGUAGAGCUUUACAGAAAGUACGGUACAGUUCUUGAUCCCCCCACAUCCCACCCAUCUUUGCACAGGUGCCCCCAACUGACCAGAGUCAAGAGUCACUGUCAGUUUAGUCCUGCAUCGCCCGAGCCCGGUGCUCCAGACUGCGAGCAAACCGGUUGCAUGUGUGAUUUUCUGUCACUGUGCGAGUUCAAAUGUUACGCGAUUAUUGAGCAGUUGCGAAUGCGUUGGGAGGUGCGAGCUCGCGGGACCGCCUUUAUUCAUCUACGGUCUAUAGCUGAUUAUUUUAAGCUAGAUGAGGACAGAGAGGAGGGAAAGACAACGAGAGGUUCCGUCAACUGAUGAUGAAAGUGCAGGUUGGGAGAGACCGACUGAGCCACUGUCAUUAAUCAAAACCAAAAAGGGUGCAACCAAAUCAUGCGUGGAAAGGUUUGUCUGGAGCCCUGCCUGAGCCCUUUCCUCUCACAGCCAUGUAGCCACCACUGUGCUCACUUUGAACGUGCUCUUACUGUGUUUUGUCUUCUUCUGUCUGGAUUCACAUCCAAUAGCAAAGUGCAAGAGUGGCAGAUGAGAGAUUUUGACCUUUGAAAUGUCUCAAAACAAAACAGAGGAGAAGCUGGAGGACCAACUCACCUCCCUAAUACUAGCUAGUACUAGAAAUGACACAACUGAGGAUUACACAAGCUUACACUCCCACUAGCCCACACAAGCUUCAUCGAGAAGCAGAAAGUGGCAGUUAGGACCUGAAAGGGAUAUCAAGAUGGGAUUGUAGUCCAACUUCUUCCCUCUUGCUUUAGCAGAGAGAGACGCCCAUUAAUACAAAAAAGCAACCCCAUUAGAUAAGUUGUCCUGAAAAACAAGCAUCCCUUUGUUCAGCAGAGCAGCCAGCCGCCGGGAGAAACCCACAAAGUGGAAUAUCUACAAGGAAUAUUCAAUAAGAGACAGGAGCAGCACUGGGACCAGUGGCCAGAGGGGCUUUAUUAGUUCUCACUGUAGUCUUUAAUCACAGAAACCCAGAGACACGUGGAGGAAGAGAUUUGUUGCUGCGACAGAGCUUCAAUCCACAGUGGCUCACAAAGACAGAGAAGGGACUUAAUGUCAACACUUGAUCGGGAGGAAGCUUUGAAUUAUUGAUAUCGCAAAAAUGUUGGCGGUGAGCGGCACGUGAGCGCUAUUUGGAAAGCUGUGAAUCAGAGAUGGCUGUUGGCUCACACACACACACACAUUUCGUGUUGUUAGAGUAUUGUUACCGACUCUCAGACGUGUUUUGAUCAUUAAUGCAGCAGCUCAGCAAAUUCCCAAAUCAAUCACUGAUUCCUCCAGACAGAUGGGCCAGUACUAACAUGCACUGGAACAUGCAUUUGUCAGCUCCUGUUGAGUAUUUCUUUACACUGUGUAUCCCAUUAAAGCUAAAUAUGUGAAGCAUGGAUUGUUCGACGUCAGACUGAAUCAGAACGAAGCAGUUUGUCUGUAAAUAUUCAUUUAUUGGUGGGGAGUCGGUGAAGAAAGCCUUUUUUUUUUCCCUUAAUCACAACAGAUAAAAUGCAGAAUACUCUCUUGUAUACUCUUCAUUAAAGGAAAGAAAGAGCAGCGUUCUCGUGAUCAGAAGGUGGGAUAUGUACAGUACAUCUGGACGACACUAAAGGGCUCAAACACAACAUUUAUACCAGGUUCUCCUCCACGCUUUUCUUUUCUAUCCUUUACCGUCGCUGUUUGCUGGACUUGAUAGGUUGUAAACAUCACAACCUAUGGAGGAGCAGCAUCUGUAUGAUCAAAAAAAAUCAAUAUAUCACUAUAUUAUCAAAGGGGUUUUCGUCAGCUAUGUUUACGACUUUGUAUAGCAUCAGUCUUUACGCGCAGUGUUGUCACCAACCCGGAGCUUCUGCACAUCAGAGGAGAUGCAGUGUUUGUUGUCCAGUGACGCUCAACAUCUGUUUUAAAAAGGGUUUUUGCUCCUAUGGUGUGCUUUAUAUGUAUAAUUUCUAUCCAAAAAAACCUAUAUUAAAUAUACAAUAUAUCAAUCACAGCAGAUGUGAACACAUACUCUGGUUAUUGCACUCUGCUUUGCUCCAGAGCCACGGGAUUUUUAAUUACCUUUGAAGAAUCGAUAAGCUAUUUGCGAUAUGACUACUAACCAUUAGCGAGCAUAUCCUUUUAUAGAAUAACUCAUUGAUUAACUCAUUUUGGUGUUAAUCAUGCAUUACAUACAAAGUUAUACGAGAUCCGAUUUUCUAUUUUUGAUGUCCGGACCAGUUUGUGGUAUUUAUGCAUACGUGUGUGUGGAUACAUAUGGCCCCCACACCGCAUAUAUGACUAGUAAAGCAUAUUUUCUAUGGUAGAGCCCAUCUCCCACUAUUGUUUGCACAGUAACUUAUAAUAUGCACCGUGAUGCCCCAUCGUUCUGUUACUGUUUACUGACUUUAUAAUUUGUGACAUUAAGUUAUGAAAAAGCUGUAUUUUGGUACCGUUCAAAUAUUGUUAGAAAAAGAGAUAUAGCAGACGUUUUGUCCCAGAAAUAUAUUACCAUAGUGUUUCUAUGAAUGUGUCUGUUUUCCUUAUUUCGGGGAGGGAUGACAGGGAUAUUUUUGUUCUCUUUUGUUGAUGAUUUGCCAUCUGACAGUAUAUCACCAUUGUUCUGACUUUCUUACGUGGCAAUAAAAGAUGACUUCUGUAAAAAAUAAAAACAGCUCUUU